AUGGACCUCCCUGAAGUAAAGUCGGCGUCAAGAAAUAGAGACGCAUAUUACCCUGACUGGGAAACUAUCGAGAUAAUGGAGGUGGUCUUCAUGAACUGGGUAAAAAGCUAUAGGACUAUCCCUGAAGGUGGCGAGCUGUUUCCGCCGAGAGCUAUACCGCGCCGCAUCCCCAGGGCCCACACCACCCAUUUUCGACAUGCAGAACUAUUGAGGAAAUCGACUGCAGCAAGUGGCCGUCCAGUAUGCUUGGAGUCUGUACGUCGCGCCGUUGAGGACCUCCACGAGGCACUUCUGCACAAGACUGGAAAUCACUUUCACUUUUUGCACAUAGCCAUCGAAAUGAUUGAGGAGAUGUACCACUGCGGCAAGGGUACUGAUUAG